AUGGCUACCCCCAGUGUCCUUACGUUUGAUGCUGAGGGUCGUGCUGUUGACUUAGAGGUCUGGGUCGAUGACCUCCAGCUGUUCCUACAAUGCGAUAGGGCAGACGGACUCUCCCUGUUUGAUCUCACCUCUAGUGCCUCUCCUGCCCCGCCUUCUACUGCUGACAGCACUGGGUGUUCCCCUCCCCCCUCUUGCCCUCUGUUUCUUCUGCUGCUGCGGCCGACCUCGUUGGUUUUGAGUCGGUCGGCGCUGCGUCUGCCCCUAGCCGGAGACGCCGCACGGGCAAGGGCAAGGGGGGCAAGGGCGCUAGAGGGGCUGGCGGGGGCGGUGGAGGUGGUGGUGGAGGCAGUGGAGGGGGUGGGGGUGGUGGUGGGAGUGGUGGCGGGGGUGGAGGUGUCGGUGGCAGCGGUGGAGGCAGUGGAGGCGGCGGCGGUGGCAGAGGGAGCGGAGGCGGCGGAGGUGGCGGAGGCGGCGGAGGUGGCGGAGGUGGCGGAGGCGGCGGCGGCAGCGGUGGAGCUGGUCGCGGCUCUGCGCAGAGGAGUGGGUCCCCGCGGUGGGGAUACUGGUCCAUGCACCUACGUCCUCCGUGCAGGCGAGCGUGCUGGUGAGCAGGCGGGGGUUGCUAUCUUUGAUCUUGAUUAUGAUGCUAUUCUUGCAGCCAUGUAUGCUGUGUCUGAUAGUGUUGAGGGUGACUGUUACCUGUGUGUUCCGCCUGACCCGGGCAUUGAGGCUGCUGCUCUAGAUGCUGGUGAGGCUGCUGCUCUAGGUGCUAGUGCGUCUGCUGCCCCAGUUUAUGGUGAGUCUGCUCUCUCAGGUACUACGUCGGCUCAGGCCUUACACACCUUCACCCUUGACUCGGGUGCUUCCCGCUCCUUCUUUCGAGACCGCACCACGCUUACGCCGCUUAGUUGGCCGGUUGCAGUCUCCCUGGCGGACCCCUCUGGGGGUCCUGUCCUUGCUAACUUCUCCACUGUCUUACCAUGUCCGGCAGCCCCCUCUGGCACCCUGUCAGGUCUCUACCUCCCCUCGUUCUCUACGAACUUGGUGAGUGGAGCUGAUCUACAGGAUAGGGGGGUUGACCAGUUCACUCCUGCGAGUCAGUGGGUGACCCACUGCACGUGUGCUCGGACAGGCCGACACUUGGCCACGUUCACCCGUCGGCCGAGACUCUCCUUUGGCACCACCGCCUUGGUCACCCCUCCCUGCCUCGUCUCCGAGGCAUGGCCUCUCGUGUCCUUGUUGCGGAGAUAA